AUGAACAAAAUCUUCCCCCAGGGAGAUGGCAAUGGCAAUGCUGCUGCUGGAACCAAAGCCCUCCCUGGAGGGGAAGCAGGCUUUGGCUCCCUCUGUUGCUCACGCCGAGGCGCCUGCCUCUCAGCCUUCUUGCUCCUGCUUCUGGUGACUCUCGCAGCCCUGAUCGCCCUGGUCACCAUCCUUGGACUCCCCCCGCGCACACCAGGGGUCCAGACCUGUGUGACACUGAUGAACAGGACAGGCUUCCUGUGCCACGACCGGAGGAGCUGCGUCCCAGCCAGCAGGGUCUGUGACGGCGUCCGCACCUGUGCCCAGGGCGAGGAUGAGGACGAGGCCAUGUGCCGGGAUGUGCCCCAGAGCCUCCCCAGCUUCCUCGUGGCCCACUGUGGAGACCCGUCUUCCUGGAUCUACUCGGACCAAAAGUGUGAUGGCAUUAACAACUGCGGGGACUGCUCAGAUGAACUGAGCCCAGUGACUGCAUGCCCACCCUGUGGCCCCGGCUGGUGGCGCUGCCCCUCCACUGUCUUCAAGUACUGUGACUGCAUCCCGAGGGUCCUGUGCCGUGACCACACGCAGCACUGCUCCGACUGGUCUGAUGAAUACUCCUGUCCCGGACCCUGA